CUGCUCGGCAGGUGUGCUGCCAGGAAGCUCCAGUCUGGAUUCUGGGAGGGGAAGCCUAACGUAGGUAGCACUCGACGUCGCGUCACGAAUGUCAGGGGCGCAGGAGGACUUGAUUGCCGUUGACCCCGCACAUUGAGGACAGCCUGGAGGAAGACAGUCAAGACUAGUCCAGUGUUUGUUGCUUGGCUGCUGUGCGUUUGGGCUGCCCACACGGUGCGGUGGACGGGUUGCUUUGGCUGGGGUAAGCGCUGCUCGUGGGCACAAUGCCCCGCGCGGAGCCUGGCAUGCGGCCGCCUCCGGGAGAGUCGGCGGGGCAGAAUAGCCGGGGAGUGAUGGCCAAGCACAAGGCAGCCGGUGGGGGGCACUCCGUGAGCAAGUCGGAGGACUGGUCCCCUGCUGCCGGGGCGGGGAAGGCCAAGCGCGUCGACUGGGGCGCAUACAGCGAGCGAGCAGGCAAGGGGACACUGCCUCCCGAGUCAGCCCCACGCGGCGCGCCAGGGCACAACCCCUUUGAGGGCGACAGGAGGACGUCCAGUGCAGAGAAUGACGACCCCACAGUUCUUCAGACAGACUGGUUCAAGCUGCUGACGCCGCAGGAGCAAGAGGCUGCAAUGCUGCGCGUGGCGGAGAAGACGACGGCGGAUGCGCGGCGCGUGCUCAAGAUUGCUGAGGACACUCGCGACAUUGGCGCCAACACGCUGGUGACGCUGCACGAGCAGGGGGAGCAGAUCCGGCGCACGCACCAGACGGCCGUGCAGGUCGACCAGGAGCUGUCCAAGGGCGAGAAGAUGCUGGGCAAGUUGGGGCCCAUCUUCAGCCGCACCUGGAAGCCCAAGAAGGGGCGAGCCAUUGCGGGGCCGCUGGACGCACCAGAGCUGGCGGUGCAGGGGGGUCCCCGGGACAAGCAGCAGCGGGCUGCGCUGAUGCAGCAGGGGAAAGGCAAGGGCCGCGACACGGCGGCGCUGUCGGAUUCGGAGGCGGAAAUACGGCGGCCAAAGAGCGUGGUGGAGCUAGAACACGAGAAGCAGGACGAGAUCUUUGACGGGGUGAGCAAGGCGCUGGACGACAUGAAGAAGAUGAGCAUCGACAUGGGCCGCGAGCUGGGCAGGCAAGAGCAGGGCGUUGACCAUCUGACAACAGACGUGACCACUCUCAACAAGAGGCUGGAGGGCACCCAUAAACGGGCCGUGAAUCUAAUGCACAAGGGAAUAUUCUACUAAGUGGGGGUUGAGUUCGAGACUUGUCCGUCUAUUUGGACCGGGACUAAGUGCAAUGCAACCGGUUCCGAAGAGGUAAUAUGAACGUGGUUUGAGAUGGGAGCGCUGCAGCGAGUGGAUUCACACCCUUUGCUAGUUGCACAUACGCGGAGCCCAUCGUGGUGGGCAACCCGAAGUGCGUGCACACAAGUAAAGUGGCAACCAAAGUUUUAGGCUGGAAAUCUAUUAUGUACAUAAUCGUUCUUGUGGUUUAAACCCUGAGGCAUUCCCGAAUUCAAUUGUACUGUCUUCCUUUGUUCACAAUUUAGAGCCCAGAUUCUGCAGCGAUCCUUUUCAGCCAGUCAAACAAACUUCGAAACAACGUGCAGCAGGAGACCAUGAGAGCUGCAGUAUCCAAGGACAGAAUCUGGUUUUUACUUUGCCAAACAUCCUGACGGUUGCGAGCACGUGGUCACAUCAGGCCGGCAGAUGGCAGCUCUGUACAUAUCGAAUAAGAUCGUUCACUAUUGUGAUCCGCAAUUGCAAGCACUGCUGUGGUACUGCACAU